AUGAUAGGUCCAAAAUCAAUAUUUUAGAUUCCUAUUUCAGAAUAUUAGAAUCAAACUAAUGAUGAUAUCGAGUGUUUAGAUGAUUAUUAUACUGAAACUUUGUAAAAAGAUGACUUAUCAACUUCCUAAUUCAUUAUUCUCAAACCCACACAUAAAUUAAAACAAAAUAAAAGAGUUAGAUUCAAUUUAGAUAUUGUCUUAUGCCAAUUUUGUAGAGAUGAACCAGCCCUUACGAUUUCUAAAUAAAUCAAAUAACUUAUUAUGUCAAGACCAAAAUUACAGUGGGUCAACCCCACAUUCGUUAACAUUAAAUAAAAAUGA